AUGACACUGGUCUUCACUGUCAUCAACACAGUGCUCCUCUCAGUGGCCAUAAUGUGCCUGUCUCUGACGAACAAGAAGAAGAAGCCAUCUUCAUUUCAGCUAACAGAUCAUUCUUCUCGCAUGACUGACUCUGACUUCGAAUCGCGCCCAUCAGCGCUUUCUCCGAGGAAUCGUAGCAGAGAUGAUGACAAUAACAAGGAGGAGAAUGCCGAGACUGGCAACAAUAACGACAGCCUGAAGAUCCUGUCCGAGCGGCUGACGAUGCAACACGAGAUGAUCUCUACGGUCUUGGAGAGCCAGAAGGCCGAAGAGGAGAACAGGAGGGGGUUUGAAUGGCUGUGCGAGCGUCUCAUUGGAAUGGACUGA